AUUGAGAUUUGAACUAAAAAUCUAUUGUAAUUUGUAAAGAAAGAGACUUUAAUACUUCAAUUUUAUUUUACUUUCUAACAAAAAUUCCCUUGAUUUGUUUCUUAAAUUAGAAUUAAAAAAAAAAAAAAAACAAAUAUCGGGUCGGGCACUACCCGCACCUAACCGAAAAACGAUCCGGAUAUGGUUCUGAGAAACGAGUGGCUCUCUUCUUGACCCGAACGAUCACCCCCAGACCAAAAAUUCCAAUCCAGACAUGGCUUCUUCUCACUCUUCCAACAUCAUCCAUGGCUACCACGCUCUCUCUCUUUAGCUCCUCAUUUCUGCACCACUGCGCCAAAUCCACUUCAAGAACCUGCUCCAGCUUCAAACUCAGAGCUUCUCUUUCGACGUCCCCGUCAUCCAUGGCGGCCACGGCGGAGAAGGUUGUCCCCGCCGUCAUAGUGGGCGGCGGCCGCGUCGGGAGAGCCCUUCAAGACAUGGGCGGCGGCGACGAUGUUCUAGUUAAGAGAGGGGAUCCCGUGCCGCUAAAUUUCGCCGGCCCGAUUCUGGUUUGCACCCGCAAUGAUGACCUAGAUGCGGUGCUUGAAUCCACUCCGAAAUCUCGAUGGAGCGAAUGGAAUGCUGGAGCCGUGGUUUGAAACUAAAGGCCUCGGAGAUGCUGAUCAAGUUCUGGCAUAUUUUGCUGUGUCAAAGCUUGGCGAACCUCCUGUGGACGGGAUAACCGACACUAAUCCAGAGGGACUAACUGCCGCGUAUGGGAAGUGGGCUUCUGCUGUUGCUGGGAGAUUGCGUGCUGGGGGCCUGUCUUGCAAGGUUCUUGAAAAAGAGGCAUUCCAGAAACAAAUGCUUGAGAAGCUUAUAUGGAUAUGUGCCUUCAUGCUCGUUGGAGCCCGUCAUCCUGGAGCGACCGUAGGUGCUGUGGAGAAGGAAUAUCGUUCUGAGGUAUCAAGCCUUAUAGGUGAACUCGCUGCAGCUGCAGCCGCGGAGAAAGGUUUAGUCUUUGAGGACGCGAUUGAGGAGAGGCUAUGCGCUUACUCGCGUGCAGUUGCUCACUUCCCUACAGCAGUGAAAGAGUUUAAAUGGAGGAAUGGAUGGUUCUAUUCUCUCUCAGAGAAGGCGAUUGCUCAAGGCAAACAAGAUCCAUGUCCCUUACACACUGUUUGGCUCAAAGAACUCAAGAUAGUUUAAUGAGAUUUCUUUUUGUUUUUUGUUUGGAUUUUGUCAUUCUAUGUGUAGAAUUGUGACUUCAAAUUGAUGGUGCAGUUUAAGUUUACACCAUGUUUCAGAUAACGAAUGCAUAUUUCAUACAAA